ACACAGCUGUCGCUGCUGCCGACAGGAUAUUCGGCCAGCCAGGAUGUUUUGCCUUCAGCAGCAGGUCGUGCGGUCGUCGACAGUUCAACUUCAGUUUGCUGUGCCACUGCAACGUUCAGUCAGUUUAACGCUUUGUGGCGCCGUGUGCGGCUGUAAAAAUUUCGACUCCGUUAAUUAGUUCACUUUUAACACGGCAACGUGCGGUUGUUUUCAAAACUCAGAAGCGAAAUUUUGUACUUAUUUUUGGCAAAGCAAUGCGGAAAUGAAAUUUAGAUUUUGAAAUACAAAGGAAAAAUACAGUAUAAAUAUUAAAAAAAAUAUACAUAUAUAAAAAAAAUUAAUUAAAAAUACAAAAAAAAAUUAAAAAUAUAAAAAAUAAAAAAAUACAAAAAAAAAUUAAUUAAAAACAUUUAAAAUACAAAAAAAUUAUUAAUUAAACAGGAAAAUUAAAUAAAUCAACAAGCAACAACAGAUACAAAAAAUGUCUGCAGUCAGCAGUCGCAAUCAGAAAAUGGAACAACAGCGUCUGCUAAUGGAAGCGUAUAUACGACAAAAGCGCGCCUCGCCGGGCAUGGUGCAGGCAAGUGACUUACAAAUAACCCGUCCCAUGUCGGGGCUGCGCACAUCAACGGCCACUGGCCGCGAGCUGCAUGCCUACGAUGGUCCAAUGCAAUUCAUCAGUUCGCCACACAAUCCCGAUCAAUUAUUAAGUAACACCACCGGCGUCACAGCUACGAAUACGAACGCGACCACCGUCAACGCCAGCCACAAUGCGACCAGCACGAAUGGUCGUCAGCAUGGUGUCAGCUUUACGAACAAUAUGCGCCCGCGGACAGCCCAGAUGACAGGACAUAUCAUCAAUCAGGAUGAUUUAAUCGAAGAGAUUUCCUCACACGAACUCGAAGAUGACGAAAGCAGUCCCGUCAAUCAUGUGAGCAGCAAUGGGCAACGGCAAAAGCAACGCCAACAACAACAAUUACAACAACAUCAACAACGUUCAUAUAGCCACGAUCAGGAUAGCAGCACAUUGGACGAAGAUGAUUAUGUGAAUCGGAAUAUCGAGGAAGCGGCACCCGUCAUGCCAUUGAAUCACAGCAUCGCCAAUAGCAUCGCAUCACAAACCAACACCACCACCAAUUCGGCCGUCGGUGUACGCAGCACUUCGGCGCACUCGACCGGCGCCGGUUCGGCUAAUAACACUGCCAACUAUUCGAACAGUGCGCAGCAAACGAAUUCGUCAGCGGACGCCAGUGGCGAACCGGAGGGUGAUCUGGUCGGCAACAUCGAACAGUUCGUCAUGCAGCCAGCGUCACAGGGUGUGCUUUUCAAGUGUCGCAUAACGCGUGAUCGCAAAGGCAUGGAUCGUGGCCUAUUUCCGAUCUAUUAUUUGCACUUGGAGCGCGAUUAUGGCAAGAAAAUAUUUCUCUUGGGCGGACGCAAGCGAAAGAAGAGCAAAACAUCCAAUUAUAUUAUCAGCUGUGAUCCUACGGACUUGUCACGUAACGCCGAGGGUUUUUGUGGAAAAUUGCGUUCGAAUGUGUUCGGCACCUCCUUUACCGUGUUCGAUAAUGGCAACAAAGAUAGCACGGAAAAUCCCCGACUCGAUUUGGCGGUGAUCAUCUAUGACACCAAUAUUCUCGGUUUCAAAGGUCCACGCAAUAUGACCGUGAUACUGCCCGGCAUGACGGAGGAAGAUCAACGCGUGAAAAUCAGCUCGGCCGAUCCCAAACAACAGGGUAUACUAGACUUAUGGAAAGUUAAGAACAUGGACACCAUCGUUGAGCUGCACAACAAGACACCCGUAUGGAAUGAUGAGACACAAUCGUAUGUCUUAAAUUUUCACGGGCGCGUCACACAAGCAUCGGUUAAGAAUUUCCAACUCGUACACGAUUCGGAUCCCGAUUAUAUAGUCAUGCAGUUCGGGCGCACCUCCGAAGACGUCUUCACCAUGGACUAUCGCUAUCCGCUGUGCGCGCUGCAAGCGUUCGCCAUAGCGUUGAGCAGUUUUGAUGGCAAAAUCGCAUGCGAGUAGAAAAGCGAGAGAGGCUGAGCAUACGACAGUGGAGUGACAAUUUUGCGCAGGCGUGUGCAAAGACAAAAUUAUGCUCAAAUUUAUAAGCGUUCAGCAAUAACUAUAGUAUUUUAUGUAAAUGUAAAUGUAAAAUCAAAAACUAAGCACAAAAGAGUACGGUCAAAAUCAAAAAAGUGCAUGAACUCAAAAACAAACGGUUGCCUUAGUUGAGAGCGUUCGCAAGGCGCGCUAGAAUAACACCCACAAUUGUAUGUAUUUAUGUGGUGGGUCUGUACAUCAUGCACCGACUUGAUUAACACUAAUAUUUUUUUUUAUAAAGCAAUUAAGAGUACAAGUGUAAACAAAGAGAAAAACAUAUACACACCAACAAACAUUUAUAUAUAGGUGGCAUAUAAAAAAUUCGAAAAGCAUCAAAAAUACAUUAAAAACUCUCUGGCAGACUAACGAACACAAUUUUUUUUAGUUCCGAAAUUGAGUUUGAAGAAGCAAAAUUUUCAAAAAUCAUUUUUCGUAUCACUAUUAUUAAAGCAUAUUUAAGUUUGCCUUAGUAUUUCUACACUAAAUACUCAGCGAACACGCCAUACAACAAUUUUCAAGGCUACUAACUUAUAUAUUGGUUAGUCGAAAAAGUCUUUUCGUAUUUUGUCAAUAGAUGUCGUUGCAGUCGUAUAACUUAUACUUAGUGAUGGAAAGGUGAGAUCUUAAGCUUCAUUUAACAAAAACAAAAAAAUUAAAUGCGGAAAAUUCGGUUGAAAACAAGUAACAGCUGUUCAAAAAUUAGUAAAAAUAAUGAAGAAAUUCGCUAUAUUUUGAAAUUUUUGUAUAAGAAAUAGAAGAAUACCACGCAAGCCAACAGCAUUGCGAAGUUUACGUAGGCGAUGCUGUAUCAGUUCGUGUAGCACAAUAAUGUUUCGCUCGAUUCCGUUGUGGAAAUUACGAUGUGAUAAAGCCUCGCUCUGGUCGACCUAUCGUUGAAAAAGUCGAUGAAAUUUUGGAAAAUAUUUUCCAGAACUAUCACAUAAGUAGCCAUGACAUCGCUAAGGAACUUCACAUUCAUCAUCAAAAGGGUUUUGAACCAUUUAAAAAAGGCUGGCUACAAAAGAAGCUCGAUGUUUGCGUACCAAAUGAAUUAUCUGUGAAAAAUUUAAUGAAUCGAAUUAAGAUCUGCGAUUCUUUGCUGAAACGAUAUGAAAUCGAACCAUUUCUGAAGCGAAUGGUGACAAGAGACGAAAAGUGGAUCAAAUACGACAAUAAUGUGCGAAAAAGACCAUAGUCCAAGCGUGGUGAAGCUCAACAAAUGGUCGCAAAGCCAGAAUUGACGCCACGAAAGGUUAUGCUGAGUGUUUGGUGGGACUGGAAAAGUAUCAUCCACUACGAGCUGCGCCAGCCUAGUCGCACGAUUGAUUCUACAUUUUACUAUCAACAACUGAAGAGAUUGAAGCAAGCAAUCGAAAAAAAAAUCGGCCAGAAUUGAUCAACAGAAAGGGUUUCGUCUUUCAUCAGGACAACGCUAGACCAUACACGUCUUUGAUGACUCGGCAAAAACUGGGCUUGGCUGGGAAGUUUUGAUGCAUCCACUACAUAGUCCUGACUUUGCACUAUCGCACUACCAAUUGUUUCGGUCAAUGCAGAACUUUCUAAAUGGAGUAAAGUUGACUUCAAAAGAAGCCUGUGGAAAUUACUUGUCGCAGUUUUUCGUCGAGAAACCAUAAAAGUUUUACACUGGCAAAAAGUGGUCGAUCAAAAUGGUUCAUAUUUGGUUCAUUAAAGUUCGUUAUAAUUAUAAAAAAAAAAAAUAAGUUGCGAAAAGACUUUUUCGACUACCCAAUAUAUGUAUAUUAUUGAUAAACAUAGUCCGAUUUAGUCAUGUCCGCUUGUCUGUAGUCUCUCAGUUUUUGAGAUAUCGAUCUGAAAUUUUGCACACGCCCUUUUCCCUCCAAGAAGCUGCUCAUUUGUCGAAAGAGUCGAUAUCAAAUUACUACUAUGGCAUACAGCUGCCAUACAAACUGAACGAUCGAAAUCACGUUUUUGUAUGGAAAACUUUUUUAUUCGAGAAGAUUUCUUCACGGAAUUCGGCAUGGAUUAUUCUUUAAAGCAAUGGUGUAAUCUCCGAAAAAAUUAUUUAGAUCGGACCCCUGUAAAAUAUAGCUGCCAUACAAACUGACCGAUAAAAUUACAUAUGUGCUCGUAAAGAUUCUUUUGCAUUUGUGAAGGGUAUUGUAGCUUCGGCGCAACGGAAUUAAAAAAAUGCCUUUGAAGCAAGUCUCAAUACAAAUAUUGAACACUCUCACCUCUCACUCUGUAACCACUUUCGUAUUUCCACAGUGCGUUGCACGGCUCAAAUAUUUUCACUAAUCCUUUCUAUAACAAAAUUGCUGUCUGACUCUCUCAUACUAUUCUAAGCGAACAAGGUUUCCUCAAAGAAUACAUGGUGCACCUAUUGUUUUCGAAUUAAAUAUAAAUUUUUGAAAUGAAAUUUAUUAAAUAAUUCCUGUUUAUAUGAUUUGGUUAAGCAUUUCAUUGUGUCCAUAUUUUAGUCAUUAUUAAUACUAUAUAGAUGUAUUGAUUACUAGAUGCAUAGAAUUAUGUCGAAAUAUUUGCAAUAAAAUUAGUUUAUUUUCGUCAAAGAAGAAACGCAUAUUUAUAAAUAUAUUUCUACACAAACAACAUUACAUCAUGUACAUUAAUAUAGAAGAUAAUAUUUAAGAAAAAAACACUACUUACAUAUUUAUAUAAACACUUACAUAUAUAUAUGUAUAUAAAAAGAAGCUAUAAAACUCAAAACCAAAAAAAAAAUUAAGAGAAAGCAAUAAAGAGUACUUGUAAGAACA